AGUGCGCUCCGCUGCCGCUUCUUUCCGUGUGUGGGGGGGGUGGGGGUCCGCCAUGGCGGGGUUGGGCUCGGAGCCGCCGCCGGUCGCCACGAUCCGCCACUGGGAGCGCGAGCAGGCCCGGCUGAGGGCCGCCGUGGUGCCGGAGGACACGGAGCGGUGGCAGCGGGAGCCGGGCCUGGCCGGCCUGCAGCGGGUGGGCGGCGUGGAUCUGUCCUACGUCAAAGGCGACAGCGGCAGCGCCUGCGCGUCCCUCGUCGUGCUCAGCUUCCCCGGCCUCGAGGUGCUGUACGAGGAUUGCCAGAUGGUGGCUGUGAGUGCCCCAUACGUGGCAGGAUUCUUGGCCUUCCGAGAGGUCCAUUUCAUGGUGGAAGCUGUUCAGAGGCUUCAGCGGGAGCAGCCCAGGCUCAGACCUCAGGUACUUCUUGUAGAUGGGAAUGGCCUGCUCCAUCAGAGAGGGUUUGGUGUGGCCUGUCACUUGGGAGUCCUGACAGAUCUGCCAUGUGUUGGAGUGGCCAAGAACCUCCUGCAAGUGGAUGGCUUGGUCAAGGAUGAGCUGCACAAAGAGCAGAUUCGUUCCCUGCAGAAGAAAGGAGAUACUUUCCCUCUGAUAGGCACUUCGGGGGCUGUCCUUGGUAUGGCCCUGCGAGGCUGCAACAACAGCUCUAAACCUCUGUAUAUCUCCGUGGGCCACCGGAUCUGCCUGGAGACAGCCGUGCAUCUAGUCAAGUCCUGCUGCAAGUACCGGAUCCCAGAGCCCAUCCGCCAGGCUGACAUUAGAUCGAGGGCGUAUAUUCAGAAGCAGAUGUGUUCCCCACCAGCAGCCACACCUUCUGGGCUAAAGAGAAAAGAGAAGGCUGGCCUGGAGGAAGAAUCUCAUUGUGGAGGAAACGAUGGGGACUCUCCUCACUGAAUGUGCAGACUGUGGUUCUGCAGAGGGCAGUGGCUGCGUGCCACCCGGGGCAGAGCAGCACGUGGCUGUGUUGGUCAGAACAACACCAGCACUGGUGCUGCACUGUUCUGGCGGGCACAGACCAGCUCUGUUGAAUUUGCUACUUGAUGUUUAGAGUAUAUUUUUCAUUAUUUUUAAGCAUUGUAAAUACAUAUAUUGUGAUUUUGCUACAA